CACUCUGCUUACUGCUUCACAACCAUAGUGAAAGCCAGCUCAGAUUUCAGAGUUCUCAGAUUUCUCCUUCAUACCCCAUUUCAUUUUUCUUUUCUAAAAGAAUGGCAUUCCAAAAGACAUUUGCAGCUUUGCUCAUUGCAUCAAUUGCGCUUGUCCAUUUCACUCAUGCCCUUCAAGAGGUGAAGCCACCAGCACCAAGCCCUCAACUUCCAAAGCCACUAGAUUGUGGUGGAGCUUGUAAAUAUAGGUGCAGCGAAACGAAACGUCCAAAUCUGUGCAACAGAGCAUGUGGAAGUUGCUGCCGUACCUGCCACUGCGUGCCACCAGGCACUUCUGGCAAUUAUGAAGCAUGCCCUUGCUAUUUCAACCUUACUACUCACAACAACACCCGCAAAUGUCCUUAAUUGAUCGCCUUAUGUUUUUCAAUAUUUGUUGUUCCAUAAAUUAGAUGUACCCGUUAUGGAAUUUGUUGUGUACCGAUAAGUAUGCCAGCUGUUGAUUUUGCUAGUAUUCAAUUUCUUCUAUGUACGAUUGAAGGUUCAGAGUUUUAAAUGCAAUAUUAAUGGAUAUUAUUAAUUUGAUUGAUGCUA